CUAAAUGCACCUAUAGAUAUUAGAUACACAUCAAACUAUUCAUUUGUUUUAAAGUAAUUUUAUAGUUUUUUUGUAAGAAAAAAAAGAGAUAGAGAUCUAAAGAGAGAGGGAGAGAAAACUUGAGAAUAUCAUCAUCAGGAGAUGAGCAUCAGUGAGUCAUAUCCACCGGCUUUCCGGAGUGUAGUCAACGACGGAGAUCCUCUAGCAACGGCGGAGGAGGAGGUCGAACCUGUUCUUGUCCAAGACGAGGAUAUCCAAAUCCCGGUUAUCGAUUUGGAGCGUUUGGACAAGGAGAUACUGAGAGAGGCAUGCAAGGAAUGGGGAAUAUUCCGUCUAGUGAAUCACGGAGUACCGUUGGCGUUAACGUCACGGCUUCAAGAAAUCUCGGGAUUGUUGCUGAGUCUGCCGUUUGAGACAAAACGGGAAUUGUUCGCCGCCGUUAAGUCUCCGUUAUCGUAUUUUUGGGGAACACCGGCUCUGAAUCCAUCGGGAGAUGCACUGAAGAGAGGAAGUCAAGCUUCGAACGUACACAUGCUCGAAGGUUUCAACGUUCCUCUCUCGAAGCUUCCAACCUUUAUAUCUUGUGAUGAUGAUCACAAGCCAAAACUUGAGUCUUUCAGGUAAACAAACAUACGUCGUCUUUUUCUCGUUUUCCUUAGUGCUUAAUAAUAAUGAAUGAUUUUCGUAAUUAACUAAUUUAUCAAUCAAUCAACGUUAAGGUACUCAA